AUGGACGACGAUGAAUUGACCCCUCCAAACAAGUGCCCUGUCUGCGGCAGUGAUCCUCGGACACAUCCAGGACUUCGCUUCAAGAUCAAUACGAAAUGCUAUCAUCGAAUCUGCGAAGGUUGCGUGGACCGGAACUUCUCCAGCGGCAAAGCCGAAUGUCCGGUUGGAGGGUGCCAUGUCAGUCUCUGGAAACGAGAGUGGCGGACCCAAACAUUUGAAGAUUUGAAGAUCGAACGCGAGGUGGAGAUUCGGAAAAAGGUGAAUAAAAUCCUUGAUCGACGGGAGGAAGAAUUUGAGUCGAAACGUGAUUACGACGACUUUCUGGAGCUCCGAGAAGAAAUUAUAAUGAACCUGGUCCUGCGAACGGAUGUGGCAGCAACAAAUCGCAAACUGAAGGAGUAUGCCAUCGCAAACGGUCUCAAAGUGGAUGCAAACGAAACGACCGAAGCGGGGUCCAAACCCUUGAAGAAGAAGGACGUUGAUCCAACUAUCGCAGAUCCAAGUGGUCUGAUCAAGGGUCUGAAGAAAAGAGUCAUUCCAGUGGCUGUGGCUCCAUACGACCCCUUUAUGGGAAUGUCACGCAAUAGAGAUUAUUACGAAGUCAAAGAGAGCUACAUUGCUCGUGCGAGGGGGAAGCCUGCGGAGGCCAUGCUGGCGGCAGGUUACGACUUUGGGCAAUACAUGGAUGAGUGUCUUCUCCGGGCAUUCGCGGGACUGGGGGUUUUCAUUCAGGAUGAGAUGGCGGCGAAGGACAACACAGCCGUUCCUGUGCCAGGCACCACAGAGGUCAAGAGCACAGACGACGUGUUUUGA